CGCCAUUCUCCCCUCGCCUCCUCCCAUAUGGAAGCUAUUCUCCGACUCGUCCUCGAAGACCACUCGCACCCACCUAUACGAUAAUUCCCUGCUUGACACCCACCACAACCCACAACGACAACGUUACCUACGAACACUGCGAAUUGCACAGGCUACCUGUGUAUCAUCUAGCCAAGAUGCGGGAACGAAACAUGCUGAAGCAGGCGCUCGAGAGCGGCAAGACAGUGUCCAAAUCUGCGCGCUCCAAAGAGAGCACGCCUCCUCUCAGCCGCACCGCCUCCGCGACGGCGUCUCCACGGGGAGGCUCGCGCAUCGCCAGCAGAGAAGGCAGUGAUGAUGAGGCUGAGUUCUCCGAUGAUACCGAGUGGAGCUCGCGCAGCAUCGAUGCGCUCGUUGCGCAAGUCGACGGGGACGACGGAUCGGAUCAGUGGAUUGCCGUGCUGGAGGAGCGCAUCGGCGCCAUCACUGAUCGCAAGCGGAGCUCAACCGAAGGACGCGAGAGCGAUAUGAGUGUCUUCAACCUGCUCCUGACCCGCCACUUUGCACAAGAGCAACUUCGAAGGCGAUCUGACGAAGUGGUUGCGGCGCUUCUGAAGAGCGUCAGAGCGGGCCAGAGCGAGCGCGAGGUCAUUUUGGCCACCAAGGGUCUGGCACUCAUGAUCAUCACCGAACCCUCAGAGGACAUUUACGAUGCAGUUGCCGAUGUCUUCAAGCGAACUAUCAACGAUUCACCUCAUCCGCAUGCCAAGACUGCAGCCAUCCACGCACUCAGUGUCGCCACUUUCUAUGGCGGCGCGACUCUGGAAGAGACCGAGGAGAUUAUGGAGUUCUUCCUCGACAUCGCCUCGACAGAUGGCGCCGUGAUCGAGGAAGCAGACAACGGCGAAGUCGUCGCAGCGGCGCUCGAAGAGUGGGGUUUCCUAUGCACGCAGAUGGACGACGUGGAAGAAAUGACAGAGCCAGCCAUGGACACUUUUGUCGACCAGCUUGAAAGCAGCGAUGCCAGUGUGCAAAUCGCCGCGGGCAGCAACAUUGCACUACUCUACGAGAAGAGCCAUACCGAAGCCGAGUCGGACGACGAGCCUGAACCUGAUGACGAGAAUGCGAAUGUCGACAGUCACGGCCCACGUAUGGUCAAGCGCUAUACCGUCUACCGACAACAACACAACCUUGAACAGAUCCUCGAAAGAAUCGCCAAAGGCUCGUCAAAGCGAGUCUCGAAGAAGGACCGCAAGCAAUUACAUUUGGAAUUCAACGACAUUCUGACUACGGUCGAAAACCCCUCUAGAGGACCUCGAUACAGCACAGCGCUGGACAUUGACGGCCGCGAGUACGGAUCCAGACUCAAGAUUACUAUACCUGGACAUGGCGGUGGUAAGAUGACGAUCGACAAGUGGUGGAAGCUUCAUCGUCUGAAUGCCCUCAAACGGCUGCUUCAGAGUGGAUUCAUGGUGCACUAUGAGUUCAACCAAGUCGUAUUUGACAGUCUGCCUGUGAUUGUGGAGGACGACUAAGUUCGCGACAAGGCAUUGAUGGGGGGACAUUUGUCGGCGACAAGAAGUAAUUGUUUCACUGAACUUGAUGAUACCUAUGCUCAUGAGUAGCAGCAGCAGCAGCCGCGCGCGAAAGGGAAAGACACCUGCACAAUCCAUAGCGUUGUGCAAUCUAUCGACUUU